CGGCCGCCCUUUGUCUGCGGGAUGCCGGCCCCGGGGAGGACGGAGCAGCCCGGCUCCGCGCUCCCGCAGCGCAGGUGCGGAAGCGGUACCUGACCCCGCGUCCCUCGGACUCGAGCACCUGCUGGACGGGUCCCGGCUCCCCACGGCGUCGCUUGUGCCGGUGGUCGGAGUGCGGUGUUAAUUAUUUGCGGCCUUGGCUUGUCAGCACAUCGUCUGCUAAUUACGUAACGUUCUGUGUGAGGGCUUCGGGUUCCAAAGCAUAUGGGAUCGCCUGUCAGGAUGAAACUUGCGCCUGCGGAAUGCUCCAGGAUGGAGAUCUGCGAUCGAGGAGGGGCAGACAGUGAGAUUCGGACAAAGACUAGCAGCUCCUCCAACCUGUGUGUCAGUCCCCUUCACAAGCCAUACUUCUGCCAUCAAAGAUGUUGCUGCCCAGCCUUGGGUAAUGUUCAUGCCUUUGGGCUAUGUUCUGAUCCAUCACAUGAGUUCCAGUACCUGCUACAGUCAUCACUGCCACAACUGCUGAAAUGGAGGUGGUUUCGGCAGAAGUAAACAGCUUGCUCCCUGAGGAAAUAAUGGACACUGGUAUAACUCUGGUGGAAGAUGACAGCAUUGAGGCAGUUAUCGUGUCUUCACCAAUGGGAGAUUCUAUUCCCAUGGAAACAGAACUGGAAGAAAUAGUGAACAUAAGCUCCACCAGUGACGCUUCAGUUACGACUACAGCCACUGUCACCACAGAACCAGUUACUGCACCCAGUAAUCACUCGGGCGACGUGACUGCAAACACCCCAACUGUAAAAAGUGAAGGAAAUUCAAUAGUAAAGCCUGCCUUUCAAAGUGGUCUCCAUAAACUUGGUGCUCAGACUCCGGUCACUAUAUCAGCCAAUCAGAUUAUUCUGAACAAGACCACUGACCUUAAAAUAGGCAAUCAGAGUAUUAAACCAGAUGGGCAAAAACUAAUUGUAACAACUUUGGGCAAGACUGGCCAACCCAUUGUUUUAGCAUUACCCCGCUGCCAGCUCCCGCAGGCACAGAAGACUGCGUCCCAAACCCAAGGUGGAGACUCCAAAGUACAAGGCCAGCAGAUCAAGGUUGUUAUUGGAGGUCGGUCAGAAGUGAAACCUGUUGUUGGUGUCUCAGCUUUAACACAAGGAAGUCAGCUGAUAAAUACUGCUGCCCAGCCUUCUGUUUUGCAGACCCAGCAAUUAAAAACAGUGCAGAUUGCGAAGAAGACCCGAACUGCAACUUCAGGCCCAGUGAUCACCAAGCUGAUCUUUGCAAAACCAAUCAAUAGCAAAGCUGUUACAGGGCAGACCACUCAAGUGUCACCGGUCAUUGCAGGCAGGGUUGUUUCACAGUCAACUCCAGGAACACCACCGAAGACAAUAACCAUCUCUGAGGGUGGAGUUAUUGGAUCGUCUUUGAGUACAACAACACAACAGACACCAAACAAGAUAGCUAUCUCACCACUCAAAUCCCCAAAUAAGCUAACAGUGGUGUCAGUGGCCUCCCAGCCUCCCAACUCCCCCCAGAAGACGGUGGGCAUCCCACUGAAUGUAGCGUUAGGACAGCAGAUCCUCACAGUGCAGCAGUCAGCACCCUCCUCCCCUGGGAAGGCCAUAGUCAACCACACAACCACGCAGUCUGUGAAAUCAGCAGUACAGGCCAUUACUGUAGGAGGAGUGGGUACAUCUCAAUUCAAGACAAUUAUUCCCUUGGCAACUGCUCCGAACGUUCAGCAGAUUCAGGUACCUGGAAGCAAGUUCCAUUAUGUCAGACUUGUCACUGCCACGACAGCCAAUAGUUCAACCCAGUCGACCAGUCAGAAUCCCAGUACGAAUACGCAGCCUCUCCAGCAGGCAAAGCCAGUGGUGGUGAACGCAACCCCGGUGCGGAUGUCUGUUCCCAUAGUGCCAGCACAGACUGUGAAACAGGUGGUGCCCAAACCCAUCAACCCAACUUCCCAGAUAGUUACAACAAGUCAGCCCCAACAAAGACUAAUUAUGCCAGCCACUCCACUGCCACAGAUACAACCCAACCUCACCAACCUGCCCCCAGGCACUGUACUGGCACCAGCACCUGGCACUGGAAAUGUUGGCUAUGCAGUCCUUCCAGCUCAGUAUGUUACACAGCUACAGCAAUCAUCGUAUGUAUCUAUAGCAAGCAACACUGGCUUCACUGGGACAUCCAGUAUCCAGUCCCAAGCACGGCUGCCAUUCAAUGGAAUAAUUCCUUCUGAAUCUGCAAAUCGCCCCCGGAAGCCUUGCAAUUGUACGAAGUCUCUAUGUUUGAAAUUGUAUUGUGAUUGCUUUGCAAAUGGUGAAUUCUGCAAUAACUGCAACUGUACGAAUUGUUAUAACAACUUGGACCAUGAAAAUGAUAGACAAAAAGCAAUAAAGGCCUGCCUUGACAGAAACCCUGAAGCCUUCAAGCCCAAAAUAGGGAAAGGAAAAGAAGGAGAAUCAGAUCGGCGACACAGCAAAGGGUGUAACUGUAAACGCUCGGGAUGUCUCAAAAACUACUGUGAGUGUUAUGAGGCAAAAAUCAUGUGUUCUUCCAUAUGCAAAUGUGUUGGCUGUAAAAAUUUUGAAGAAAGCCCAGAACGAAAGACAUUAAUGCACUUAGCAGAUGCUGCAGAAGUUAGGGUCCAGCAGCAGACCGCUGCGAAGACAAAGUUAUCUUCCCAGAUCUCAGAUCUCCUAACGAGGCCAACACCAGCACUCAGCAGUGGUGGAGGGAAGCUGCCCUUCACGUUUGUAACCAAGGAGGUAGCUGAUGCAACCUGUGAAUGCCUCCUGGCUCAGGCAGAGCAAGCUGAGAAGAUGGGCAAGUCGAAAGCAGCUGCAGAGCGCAUGAUCCUGGAGGAGUUUGGACGCUGUUUGAUGAGAGUUAUUAACUCUGCAGGGAAGUCCAAAAGUGACCCUUGUGCCAUGAACUGCUGACGCGUGCACAUGAGCCACAAUGAAGCAAACUGAACAGAACACUUAAGGCACAGGGACACUUUGAUUUUGAAUAGAGGAUUUAGUAACACUUGCUAAUUUGGUGCUUGUUUUAAUUGACUUGCAGAAGAUUAAACAAGAGAAUAUUUUAUAACAAGAUUUAGAGCCUUUUAAGUAUUAGCUAAAUUCUCUUCUACGUAAGAUGACUCCUAAAAGAAAUUUUUCUUCCUGAUGUACAGCUUUUAACUUGGGUCUCUUAAAAGAAAAAAAAGAGUAGGUGUUUUCUUCCCUUUCCCCAAAAAUAAUUGCCUGAAGGGCAUAUAUAAAUUAUUCUAAUAUAUUAUUUACAGUACAUGGAGUUGCAUUGCUUUGUGCAGGAAAACACGUGAUAACAAGAAAGAUACUUUGGCAACAGGCCCACAGUGAGGAGUAUCUGUGUAUCGAAGUCAGUUCUGAAAGGAAAUGUGUGAAAAUGAGCAUAUAAAUGGAAGGUUGUACCUGUACUUGGGACCUGACACAGCAUAAUCCCUUAGUGAGCAGAGUGGUAUGAAAUGUGCAAGUGAGUACACAGUGCUUGCUUGUUUGUUUUAUUGUCAGCAAGUGGUUGAGAACCUCACUAGAGUGGGCCCCAAGGAAUUAUGAGGUAAUGGAAUAAAUGGAAAAUUUUUGAUAUGAUCAUGGAUGAAAGCUUGAUUUUCUUUUUUUUUUUUAGAAUGGAACUCUGAGGCUAAGAUAGUGGUCUGCUCUUAAAAGUGAGGAAGAACAGCCAUGCUGCAAUGCUACUCUGCCUGUGCAGCAGGCAGAUGCUCUUGCUUGGGUGAUGCUUGGUGUUCAGAGCUCUGCAGCAGCUCGAUCCUUCUCUGCAGGUAGUGCUGUGCAGGCUGUUGUGUUUUCUAGGAUUAAGCUGUUUCCAUAGGAAGAUGUUUGAGCCUGAGAAGCUGAGGGUCGGUGGAGACAGGAGCGCUACAGUUGUCUCAAUGAGGACUCAGGACAAUCUGAAUCUUAACGGACCUGCAAAUGCAGGUGGAGAUUGCGUUCAGCCUGGUGGUGGGUCUUCAUGGUGCUACUUCUUGCAAUUGUGGUGGUUUAUUUGGCUUUUAAAGGUUUUGUGUUUGGGUUUGUCAGGCUUUUUUUUUUUUUUAGGGCUGUUUAGAAUGAUGGAGAGCACAGUGAUCAGAGAGGAUGCUAGCACAGAGUCAAGAUUGCUGCUAAAACAGGUGUAUGAAUCCUUUAGCUCAAAAAAAAAAAAAAUCCCUAACACAAAGGGAGGAAAGUAUACCAACAAAACACAAAUCAACGUAGAGCUGUAUGUAGAGUGGGGCAGGGGAAUUUUCCAGUACUUGUUACAGGCAGUCUCACAUCACUUUUUUGAUAGUGGAACAUAUUUACAAAAUCAAUCUGAUAGGUUACUUACUAAUGUGAAUGUCAAUAACCAUGUUUAAUCGCAGGCAUUUUUAAUAACUGUCUUUCCUGCUCCCUGAACAAGCUAGCUUGGUUUUUCCCAAAAGGAUUUUGUAUUCUUCAUGUAAAACUGUAAACACAGAGAGAUGCAGCAGAGCUCUUCGUCCAGGUUUUCCAGCAGAGCCAAGUUCAAAACUAGCAGCAGAGCCAAAUGCCUACAUGUGCAUGUGAUGGCAAAAAGAUGGGAGGAGGCUUCUGCUCCCAGCCUUCACCCCGUGGUCCUGCGUGCUGAGAAUAAGGCCCUUUCUCUUCCACACUUCCCUAGUUCACCCCCUAGAAUGGCUUGGGGGCACAAAGGACUGGAAGGUGGCCAGCAGCGAUGAAAGGCCCUUCGGGAGGCUCUUGGAGACCAGGUCUGCACUGCUGGUCACUAUCUGAAAGGCUCUGUCUGGUAGUAACAUCUCUUUGAGCAUAAACUGCAAGUAUAUUAGUGCAAAUCUCUGAAAAGGGAAUCCAUCCAUCUCUUCUGUAAGUAAAUGUCUGUUCUGUUUUUUUCCGUAAUUAAGACUUGGGUUUAUUAAAAGUCAGUACAAUAACUUCUUUACAUGUACAAGGGCUGCUCUGAAAGUAAUGCCUCCUAUUUUAUUAUGCUAGCCCACGACAUCAGAGGCAGAUGUUGGUGGCGUGGCAGUAGUGUUUGAACCUUCCUGCCAACAUUCUGUUAGGGCAGUCUGACAGAAUGGCAUCUGACGUGGAAGUGUAUAUGAGGCAAAGGGCUGCCACUGAAUUCUUCCAUGUGGAAAAAGUGGCACCCAUUGACAUUCACCAAUGCUUCCUGAAUGUUGAUGGAGACCAAGCAGUGGAUGUGAGCACAGUGAGGCAGUGGUUGUGCAUUUUAGCAGUGGUGACAGCGACACUGGGUCACCUGCCAGUGCAGAUUCUUACAAGCAUGGCAUAUGGGCUCUCAUUCAUUGCUGGUGAAAAUGUGUAGCUAAUGGCGGCGACUGAAAAAGAGUGUGUUGUAGCUGAGAAUUUGCUCUAUCAAAUAGUGUUGUUGUGCUCUUUGUUGCAGUUUACGUGGAAAUAAAUAAGAGGCAUUACUUUCAGAGAGACCUACAUAGAUAGUGCAGAUAUUCAGUUUACUCUAGUGACUUAAUGUGGUAUGUCCAGUAACAUUUGUAUAAAUGUAAAUUAGUGUAAGUGAAUAAAGUAAUAACUACUUACGUUAUUUUUCAAA